AUGGCAACAACCAAUUUGGUCACGCUGAGGCAGCUCUGCGAGAAUAUCCUAACAGAUCUGAACACCGCGAAGAAGACAGCAGAUCCUGGCAAGCCUGUAAAUACUGACAGGCAUAUGAAUCUAAACGGCUUGGAGGGGUCAGCGCGAAGUGUGCCAGAUACUCAAAGCCGUCACGAUUUAGAGUGUUGGAAGUCCGGAGAUGCUAUUUGCGACACAAUUUUCAAUAUAGCACAGACUAUGAUUUCGUCAUCGAACGGCGUUAUUGACGCAAUGCACAUAUGUGGCGACGCCGAGCAAGAAGUCAGGGCUUGUCUGAAAAGGCACAAGCAUAAUCGCGUCAAAAGACUACACGAACUUCAAGAUGCCAUCCCGGUUCACAGGCGAUACAUUACAUUCCUGGCGCAAUCGCUGGAUCCAGCAAUAAAUGGUGGUCUCCCUGAGCUUCAAGGCUGGGAAACACCGCCGACUACUGCAGAAGCCGACCGUGACCCGCUCCUCCAUCUUCGUUUUCUCAUGGGGAGGAUGACUCUGCAGCUAAUGGAAAAGGAAGCUGCCAGACUUUCCAAACCGCCAGCGCCAGGCAGGCGACCGCCCAAGCAACUGCGUCUGAAAUAUACGUCGUUUUAUAAGGUUGAUGCCAUUUGGAAAUACAAAAUGGAGCUCCACCGCCGUCUUCACAGCGUCUGCAUUGAUUUAGUAUCUAAAAUUGAGAAUUUCGGCGCUUCAACGGUCACAAACGACAUUAUGCAAGCCGUCGGAAACCUGAAGAGCUCCUUGAGCGUGUUGGAGAAGCCAUUUAUGGAGCUCAAAAUCGAACUUCACGGCACCUUUGUCCUUCAAGCGAAAGCUAAGACGCCUCACAAAGCUGCAGGCCCCUUUGAGAUCGACAUUUUUGAAGGCGAUAUAGUUGAGAUUGCCCGAUGGUGUGCUCAGAAUUCUGUUGAGUGGUGGAAUAUUCGAAAAGCGGACGGUCAAGAAGGGCUAGCGCCAUCAUCCUGCUUGAGGAUGUUGUCUACUGACGAGGAAGUCACGGCUGAAGUGAGCCGCCUUUCGGGCCAUCUUGAUUCGCCGAAGGAGGAGGAGAAGAAGAAGAAGAAGAAGAAGCAGCGUCCGGCUUCCCUUGCGAACAUGUCAAAGAUAUCUUUGCCCACGCAGGAGGACCGAGCGAUGGGGUAG